AUGUCCAACAUUCAGCAACAGCAGCGCACAACUGAUAUACUUAUCAAAAAGCUGGACCAGCUUGAAAAUGUGAUAGGAAAUAUAUCUAAAGCAUGGGAAUAUUUAUGGGUAAAUACCCCGGGUCCUGAUCAAGCACCCCUAGGACACGUCAUUGCCGGGCUUAGAUCAAAACAGCUCGACAUACAGAACCUGAAGUCGAGGGUAUCGAGGGAUAAAAGCAAUUAUCAAGUGGAACCAUUGAUUCGACGCGUCGCAUAUUUCGUCCGACACGCCCGACACUUCGCGCAAACAGUUAAUACCAGAUCAAGAAUGUCGAACGGCACACAUAACACUGUGGCUCGGCAUUCUGAAGCGGCCAAUAGUCCAGUGUACAUCAAAAGCAUCUAUGAAGCCGUAUUUGCUGACUGGGGUGCGAUGCUACGUGCAUUCGAUGAGGUGUAUCCCGCAAGGCCACCAACAGGCAAUCUUGAACCGCAUCAAUCCUCGUCCCACGGAACACUCGGAGUUCCAAUGGACACCUCCCGCCAUUCACCACCACCGCUUAGUCCUCCCCCACAAAUCACUUACUAUUUUCCUUGGCCGAAGACCCAUCUAUAUACAGGCGGCUCUCUACUAUGA